UUACUCUUUCUCCUCAACAUCCUGGCUUAGCAUUGCCUUUCAAGUUAGAGACCUGAGCCGGACCCAGACUGUCCAGGAAUUCAAAGUACUAUGGCCGCUCUAUGCCCCGGUAUGAGUUCCAGCUUCAGUGAACCCAGGACCAGCCAUGGGUUUGAAAACCAAGACUCUAGGGAUUCACAACUGAGACUUGUCUUAGUGGGUAAGACUGGAGCAGGGAAAAGUGCCACAGGGAACAGCAUCCUUGGAAAGAAAAAGUUUCAUUCCAGCAUUGCAGCAAAAUCCACCACCAAGGUUUGUGAGAAAGGGAGCAGCACAUGGAGUGGGAGGGAAAUUGUCGUCGUGGACACACCUGGCAUCUUUGACACCGAGGUACCAGCUGCUGACACUGAAAAGGAGAUUGCUCAUUUCAUUGUCCUGACCUCCCCGGGGCCUCACGCUCUGCUCCUGGUGGUCCGACUGGGCCGAUACACAUGGGAGGAGGAGAAAGCGGUAAAGAAGAUGCUGACGAUGUUUGGAUCCAAAGCCAGAAGGUACAUGAUUCUCAUCUUCACCGGCAAAGAUAACUUGGAUGGAAUGGAGUUCCAUGAUUAUUUAAAGGAAGCUCCUAAAGUCCUCCAAGAUCUGGUGGCUGAGUUCAGGGAUCGCCACUGUGUGCUCAACAAUAAGGCAACAGGGGCUGAGCAGGAGGCUCAGAGGGCCCAGCUGCUGGACAUGGUGCAGUGCGUGGUGAUGGAGAAUGAGGGAGGGUUCUACACUAAUCAGAUGUUCCAAAGGGCUGAGGCGGAGAUUCAGAAACUGAUCCAUGCGAUACAAGAACAAAGCAGAGCUGAGCUGGAGAGGGAGAAAAGGCAGUUAAGAGAGGAGUACGAGGAGAACAUCAGAAAGCUGCAGGAUGAACAGGAGCGGAUAAUGAGAAAGGCAGACAUGGAGCGCACCCUGGCAGAAAGGGAGAGAAGCUGUGCUGAAAGGCAGCAGAAUGCCCGAGCUGAAGCUGAGGGUCAAGAGGACAUACUUGAUGUAAUCUUGACAGUAUUUAAUAUUGCUUUUUUCAUUUUGAAACUUGUAUUCAUGGAUAAUUAAGGGAGUGAAAAUCUGUCUAUAUUUCUGACAUAUUUUCAGGUGCUCCUUCUCCAUUUAACUCAUUCCCCAAAGUCAAAGACCUCGGUUUUUGUCUCUCAGGUCUAAGGAGUGUAGUAAAUGUCCUUGGUAGACAUUUGGAUGGUUUAACAGGAGACAGACACUUUCCCAAUAUGAAAAGCUCCAAGGCAGAAUGUGUGGAUGCCCCCUGUCUUCUGAACUCUUUCUCAGACACAGAGGAAAGGAAGGUAGGAGACCAACCAAGGAGGAUCCCAAGCUUUCUCUAUUCAUCCCCAGUAACCCUUUCUCCUCCAGAUUCUCUCUCAAUUGGCAGAUAAUCUCAGCCUGUGGUUUUUCUUUAUUUCUGCUUUUAGGAGAAAAAUUAUCAUUUGGCACAUGUGUUUAGAGAAAUCACUAUUUCCUUUAUGUAUUCUAUAGCUAGAGAUACCCAUGGAGGAAAAUGUGUUGAAUUGCGUUUUUACGGACGGACUGAGAUUGUUCCUUAUCAUCUGCUCAAUGAAGAACAGAGAGUUGUCUGGCAAACAGAUCUCUGAGAAUUUAGCCAAGUGAAAUGUCAGAGAGAGGAAAAGACAGAGAUUCCACAGAUGAGAGAACAAAGGGUUGUAUACUCAGAUAUUUUUGUAGAAAUUCAAUGACCAACCUCAAUAUAACCAUUUUGCUGAGUAAGUAGUUCUAUAUUAGUUAUUUUCCCUCUCUUCCUCCCUUCCUCUCUAUCUAAAAAAAGUAAAUACAGGCUUAACAAAUCGUUUGCCACCACAUUUUCCUCACCCCACAGGGAUCCUUACUGCUGGGCGGGUCAUCCGCACACUACUGCCUCCACCCACUUGAAUUCUUUGUCUGUUGUUACCAUAGUAAAACUUUUCUAUUCUCUCAUAUUUGUGCAAAAUGGAAUUUCUUUUACCUUAGAAAAUACUAUUAAUACUUCUAAGAACACAAGGAUGAAUUUCAUUUUUUGGUAAAAUUCAAGGUUAUUUUGGAGCUCAGCUUGGUCUACCCGCUAAAAUGUUUCUCAUUUUCCCUGAAUGUUUGAACUACGUUCUUACCCCCCCCCCCCUUAUCAGAGAUUACAUUCUCCUUGGAUUCCUUCAUUAUAGGCUGGUAGAGAUAGUAUAAAACCAAGAUUUCUGAGACCCUUGUGGUUUCCUGGAAAAAAUUUUUCUUAAUAUAAGGAUAACAAUAGUUGAAGUCUUACUUCUUUCCACUGGGUACUCCUACACCAAUAAUUUCUAGGAUCUCCCAAAGCACAUUCCCAUGUUCUACCAGCACAUUCUUGUGGUCACAUGCCACUGACCUUGCUCUGCCGUCCUGCAAUUGGCUUAUCUGCACCCCAUACCAUAUUUCCCCCAAUAGGACAUAUACCUCUCAUUUACUUCCCCCAAUCAAAAAUCAGUUUAGUCUGUACAUUUAGAAAAAAGUUAGUAAAGGAAUAAGGAUAAGAGAAGCACCACAGAAAGAAGCUGAUGAUUCUUUCAGAAACAGUCGCUCACAGGAACACAGGUUUGGUUUUGAAGUAACUCCAUUCUGACCCUCAGUUUACUGCAUGUACACACCCUGGUGGUUUUCUUUGUAAAUAUGAAGGCCUUGAGAAACCCAGAGAAAAUUAUAAAGAUAAAGGGGUUAAUGAUGGCUUUGGAAAACUCAGAGGAACCAUGGAGAGAAAGAGAUUAAUGAUUGUCCUGACCUGUGUAAACAGCUCCUCUUGCUCAAUCUGUAUCAGUUCCUUCCCUUAAUGGUGCCAAAAGUGGCAUCAAGAAUAAAGUUUUUUUUGUUUUUUGUUUUCUGUAGUUUGUGCCUUUAACAGUGGGCAACAAAGAAGGCUCAGGGCUCUUGUUUUGGGGAGUCUAUGCCCACCCACAGCCCACCGGUGAAUAAAGUGCUUAUUUACAAUUUGGCUGUGUGUGUCUGUUUUUUUCACUGACACGUUACAAGAUUUGGAGGCCCCAGCGAGAUCACUGGUGCUUUGUGAUGGCAGGGGUUAGAUACCUAGGGUAAAAGGCCUCUCCCGGUCUGGGUGUCGGACACCGAGAGGUGCUCAUGGGGGUUACAACCUGAGACAUUCCAGUGCCCCAAAAAUCCUACUUAGGUUUCUGAUGAGGGCCCUGAAGAGCAUACUUAGGUCUCAAGGACCUCAUAUUUAAAAACAACAACAACAACAACAACCAAAACGGUCUAUCUGGGUGAGAGUGAGAGGACCGGAUGUGGCACAGCGUCUGCUCUCCUGGGGAUCACCCUGAGACAUUAGGUGAGGUUCCUAUUCUGUUCGCACAGGAUCAGGAAUUUUUUUUGGCCUGCCCCUGAGGCAGAAGGGGAGUCUGAUCACCUCCCAGGCACUUCUGGAGUGUGAUUGUGUGUGAAUGUAAUCAUGUGUGAGUGACCCUGCUUGACGACGCUUGUUACAGAGCCUGUGUGAGUCUUUACCUGCAGUUCUGUUACAACCUCAUAAGGCUAAGGGCAGUAUCAGAUUCUUGAGGACAUUCUGGUUUCCACCUGCAAACCUGAUCCAUGCCAGGGGGUUAUAUCAACCUGCCAAAUGCCAAAGGCAUCGAAAUAUCCUCGAGGGAAGAGGCCAGGCAGACAAAGAAAAAUUACUGUCUUGUGUGUCUUCCCUUGUUUUUGUCCUCCUCUGCCUCCCUUCUGUGUCUUCCUCAACUUUGUUAUGAUUCGUCUAAUCAUGGACUGUAGCCCUAGUGCCCAGAAGACCUCAUUGGGGUGCAUAUUGAACCAUUAUUAGAAAAGGAUUUGAAGAAGGUUCUGAUUAGGGCACAAAAAUAUCUAAAGGAAAGUUAAGGACCUUCUGUGAAUUAAAUUGACCCACAUUCAGGGUGAGCUGGCCUGACAUGGGAUUCUUUAUCUCUGACUUAGUGCAGGCAGUUUGGAAUCAGGUCACAGGGGAGCCAGGACCUCCAGACCAAUUUCGCUAUAUUGAUCAAUGGCUUGAUUUAAUGAGACAUCCACCCCCAUAGAUAAAGAGCCAUGCCCUCUAGACCAGGGCACAGAUACUGGUAGUGGGCCCCACACUGGGCCUCAAGAGAAACCUGGGAAGAGGUAGGAAAGUGAUUGCAAGGCAGAGACACAGUGAAAGGCCUAGAAAG